AUGCACAUCAUUUCACAACAGCAAUGGGCUCAAGACCUGGCGAAGCAGCUCGUCAAAACUCUCCAGGACAAUCUCGACUGGGUGGGCAUACCCAAAUCCAUUGAGACAGCCCAGAAGAUGCAGCUAAGCCUCUUGGACUAUGCCUGUGGGACUGGGCUAGUUACGUUUGCAUUGCUACCGUGGUUUUCCAAGAUCAGAGGUAUUGAUAUCGCAGAUGCAAACGUUCAAAGGUAUAAUCAACUGGCCCUUGACCAAGAUGUCUCACCAGAUGUGGUCCGCGCAAUCCAAGGAGAUGUCCGGUCCCCAGACUCCGAAAUGUCUACUGAGGACUUCUCCGGCUUUCACGCCGUAGUCAUCAGUAUGGCUCUUCAUCACAUCGAUGAUCCGAAGACAUUGCUCUCUCAUCUUUACCAACAGCUUCGGCCGGGGGGGCAUCUCCUUGUCGUGGAUUGGACACCUGAGCAUUAUGGAAUUGAGGGCAGCGUUGCGAACCAUGCGGCUGUUCACACAACAGGUUUUUAUGGGUUUGACGAGGAAGCAAUGCUUGAGAUGAUGAGUUCUGUUGGGCUGCAAGACGUGGGGUUCAUUUUGGCUCCGGAGAGGAGCUCAAUGGGCAAGGAGAUUGGUGGCGAGAGACAAAUGUUUUUUGCACAUGGAAAGCGACUGGCUUGA